AUGGCUGACUACAAUACAGGAGAAGCAGGAUUGACCGACAAGCAGGUGGCCCAGAUGCGAACAUCUGAGCUAAAAGACGAACUAAGAAGACGACGGCUGAGACUAGCGGGCAGAAAACGCGAGCUGGUAGAACGAUUGCUUGCUGCGUUACGCGUAGAACGGGAACACGGUGCACGAGAAGACGAUCCAGAGUAUGACAACGACGACAAUUCAGAAGAAGACGACGACGACGAUGAGAUUGGCGUGGUUGGGGACCGUUUGGACGUUAACGGCCCAGGAAAGCGCAAUCUCAAUAGUGAAGACGACGGAGUUCGGGUAACUCCAGUGUUAAGACGAUCGAGGCAAGACGAGCCUAGGUGCAUGCUGUUAACGUUCAGAGACGUAGAGGACUCGCUAGAGAAGUUCAGCGGGGACGGUCUGCCGAGUGUAAGUCGAUGGAUCGAGGACUUCGAAGAAAUGGCAAAAGUGUGUGGGUGGUCAGACAUCCACAUGGUAGCUUUCGCUAAGAAACUGCUCACGGGCUCCGCUCAAUCCGUCGUGAAGCGAGAACGAUGCACGAAGUCCUGGAUAAAGCUAAGGGAGGCGUUAAAAGAUGAGUUCGAAGACACAGUAAGUGACCAACAGAUACACCAGGAGUUAGCAAAUAGAAUGAGGAGACCAGAUGAGAGUCUGCAACAGUACAUGAACAGUAUGCGUGAGAUUGCGGGACAGGGAACAGUCGAUAUACCGUCGCAAAUCAGCUAUAUCAUUCAAGGCAUCCCCGACGAGGUCGCGAACAAGGCCGUGUUGUAUGGAGCCAAGAACAUGCAACAACCGAAAGAACGCCUGAAGCAGUAUGAAGCGAUGAGGAGGGACAUGAAGGCGAAGACAAAGUUUGGGGGACGCAAGGAGGAUAAAGGAAAACGAUCGGAAGUGCGAAGCCAGCCGAGGCCAACAGCGAGUGAUAAGAGAAGAUGUUUCAAUUGUGGCAGUGCGGAUCACUUAAGUGCUAAGUGUCCGGAGAAAGGAAAAGGUAUGAAGUGUUUCAAAUGCAACGAGUUUGGACAUGUGGCGGCGAAUUGUACAGCGCGACAAGUAAAGACUUACGUAAUCUCAAGACCGGAGAGGAAAAAGUACUUGAAGGACGUGUCGAUAGAUGGCUGCAGGUUUGCCUCGUUAGUGGAUACAGGUAGUGACCUCACGUUUAUACGAUCGGAUGAGUAUGCGAGGUUAGGAUCACCACCUCUGGGAAACUGCAAACUUAGGUUUGAUGGUUUUGGUUCCGCUGGCAAUAGUACCUGGGGCGAGUUUACAAAGGUAAUAACGGUCGACGGGUACGAAUUUACUGUCACCCUGCAUGUUGUCUCGAAUGAGGUAAUGACAAGACACAGUUUGCUGUUAGGUACUGAUUUCUUAGACCAGCUAGAGUUGCGAGUCAAACGGGGCGAGGUGACCUUUUUACGACUCGACAGUCAGACUGACAGUCACGAGGACGCGCCGGAUGUACUGAGGGUAAACGCGAUAGAACAAACCGACGAGAUAGACUUGUCGCAUGUACGAGAACCUCAUUACCGUGAAGCCAUUCGCGAUAUCAUUAAAGGGUAUAGGCCGGAGAAGAAGCGAGACGUCGGGAUAACCGCAAAAAUAGUUCUGAAGAGCGACAAACCCGUAGCACGAAGACCGCGAAGACUGGCGCCGUCGGAAAGAAAGGAGGUAGACGAUUUGAUGGAAGCGUGGACAAACGAGGGCGUCAACAAACCAUCAGACUCGGAGUAUGCGAGUCCGAUAGUGGUAGUCCGAAAGAAAGAUGGCUCCAUCAGGGUUUGCGUCGAUUUUCGUGAGCUUAACGAACUCAUUGAGUGUCCACAUUUUCCGUUGCCUUUAAUUGAAGACAUUUUAGAUGCGUUGCAGGGCGCCCAGCUUUUUACGACGAUAGAUCUAAAAAAUGGGUUUUUCCACGUAAGUCUAGACAAAGAUAGCCAGAAGUAUACUUUUUUUGUUACGCCAACGGGGCAAUACGAAUUUCUGAAGUUGCCGUUCGGUCUGAAAAUUUCCCCUAUUGUCUUCCAAAAGUAUAUAUCGAAGAUUUACAAAGAACUGAUGGAUAAGGGUAUUGUCAUCGUGUACAUGGACGAUAUCAUUAUCCUUGCAAAGAAUUUAGAGGAGGCAUGGGAACGCUUGCAGAUGGUCGUAGAAUUAACUAGGCAGUAUGGGCUAGUCAUAAAUUGGAAGAGAUGUCGUUUUAUGCAGAGGGAAAUCGAGUAUUUGGGGCACAUAGUCUCGGGAAACACCAUAAAGCCGUCCGCUUAUAAAACCAAGGCCGUUGCAAACUUUCCCAAGCCAACAUCGGUUAGAAAAGUCCAAAGUUUCUUGGGACUUACGGGAUAUUUCCGAAAAUUCAUUAGAGGCUACGCGAAGAUUGUCAAACCCUUAACCGACCUGUUGAAAAAGGAGAUAGACUUCAGGUUCGGGGAUCGGGAAUCAGAAGCUUCCGAAACCUUGAAAGCAGCGCUUACCAGCGGGCCUGUGUUAACACUUUAUAGAAUAGGUUCAGAGACCGAGUUGCAUACGGACGCGUCCGCAGAGGGUGACGGAACAAUAUUAAUGCAACUAGAUCUAAACGACGGUGAAUUCCAUCCGGUCUACUUUGCCAGUGGAAAAACAACUCCCGCGGAAGCGAAGUACACCAGCUACGAACUAGAGGUGCCAGCAAUAGUAAAAGCGUUGAAAAGGUUCAGGGUAUAUCUGUUAAGUGUGCCGUUUACUAUUGUUACGGAUUGUCAAGCAUUCGCCAUGACGAUGAGAAAGAAAGACUUGUGUGUGCGUGUGGCUAGAUGGGCCUUGUUACUGGGAGAGUUUAAGUAUCAGGUGUGUCAUCGGCCGAGGAAAAGUAUGCAGCACGUGGAUGCUCUGAGUAGGAACCCUCUGCUGAGCAGUAUGUAUGUAACAGAGAGUGAAGACGGGCUGAUUGCACGGUUGAGAAGGGCACAGAACAAGGACAUUGAAGUCCGUAAGAUUUUGGACGCCGCAACGUGCAGUCAGGCCGAUGAGUAUGUAAUAAGAAACAAUAUGUUGUAUAAGGAGUGUAAGGACGAUGUGCUAAUAGUAGUACCGAAGGCGAUGCAGGUUCAAGUAGUCAGGCAAGCGUACGAGCGUGGGCAUUUCGGGGUCACCAAAACAGAGGCUAUGAUCAAAAAGGACUCCUGGUUCAAGGGACUACGCGAAAAGGUCGAGCACGUGGUAUCCAACUGUUUUAACUGUAUCCUAGCCGAACGAAAAUUAGGUAAGCAAGAGGGAUAUCUUAAUCCGCUGGACAAAGGCGACACGCCGUUAGAUACUUACCAUAUUGACCAUGUGGGCCCCAUGACAGCUACAAAGAAGAGAUACGCGCACAUCUUUGUAAUAGUGGAUGCGUUCACGAAGUUCACGUGGCUUUAUCCUACUAGGUCUACUAAUACCGCGGAUGUUGUCGACCGACUGAAGAAGCAAGCGGCUAUUUUUGGGAACCCACGACGAAUCAUCUCUGAUCGGGGAACAGCGUUCACAUCCAACGCUUUCCGAGAGUAUUGCGAAGGAGAAAAUAUAAAGCAUUUAUUAAUCACGACGGGGGCGCCGAGGGGGAACGGGCAGGUAGAGAGGGUAAACAGGACUCUCAUACCCAUUACUAACUAA